AAUAGAGACACGUGGCGGUGUUUGCUUCUGCGCCAAACAACUCGGCACUUUGUCAAACGUGCCUACCCAUUACAUCAAGUACUCCACCACUAUAAUGCGGCGUGGUCUCUACAAUUGCUCGAGAUUGUCAUCAAGUGCAUUGAUCCCGCAAAAUCGCUUUCCUUCAUCUCCUAAAUACCUGUCUACACAUUUACGAUGGUUGUCAACCACAACUCCUAAGGCUUCUCGGUCCUAUACCGUCCAGCCAACAAACGAACGUUAUGAUCUUUUUUUUUCUGAGGGCUCUAGUCCUCCCAUGUUUACGCCAAAUAAAGGGGGUUCUGUUGGUUCUGAAGACAUAUCCGACCGUGAAUGGCAAAUCCGGACAGGCCGGGCCAUAUAUAUCCUGCAGCAAACGCUUCCUGAUUUCUUCGAUGUUGGCCUUGUCUCAAGCAUAGACCCCAUAAAGACACCGGCUCUCGUCGAUUCCAAAGAAUCCGAUUCACUGGAAGUAGAAAACAUUUACAGUCCAAAAGUGAAGUUGACGUACACGCCCCCUGUUGCCCUUCCCUCACCAUUUCCAAGAACACUUGGCCUGGAAGGGCUACCGCUGUACCUGGCCUCGUCUGUCUUUAUCCGGCACACAAUGAGAACAUUGUACUCAGACCUUCGCGUAGAGUUACGCAAGGUGGCGGUACAAGGAUCUCCGUCUACAGAUUCAGAGGGCACUACAGCGGGAACACACUCGACUCACCAGCGAGACAAGAGCCUCUUUAUUAGCCUAGAUGUGUAUGGCACGACACGCGUCAGCGGUGGAGUUGGGCAAUGGCAGAUAGACUCGACUUACAACUUUUCUCCUAUUUCUGGUCUGAUACAGACGCAUACCAUUAACUCAAUACAUCCAGCGCCGCAUCAGGCUGCAUAUGAUGCGCUAAGAGCCUCCCUCAAUAGUGUGUUUGGUUUCGGCGGGCCUGGUCCAGGGGAUAUUCAACCAGGAGAGGUUAGGGCGGUUAAUAGCGAUAAAUGAUAACCUAGAGCUGUUUUAUGUGUCUCCUACGUUCAUCUCUUUCGCCUAUAUUGAUAGGUUGUAUCAAUUGCCUAGCUAACCAGGAGAUGAGUCCUGUCGUCGGCUGGCGCGAGAGUCGGCAAAUAGCGGAUAUUACUUGUUUCCAUUAUGUCUAGCCAGACUUGUAGAAGGCGGAACAGCAAUUGAGUUGCACACAAGGUCUAUGAAUUAUAUUU